CCCGUCUUGCCCCCAUCCUUGCUCCCCCCGCCAUCCGCGACAGAGCACCAUGGACGUGUGGAGGUCAAAUCUGCCUGCCAUUCUGAACAAGCUGCGGCUGCAGCUGCACCACUCCGGCAGAGAAACAUUCGCAAAGCUGAGGAACGGCAUUCAGGCAAGCACGGAAUGCCUGCACGGAAUGGCACGUGCGCCCCAUGGUGCGAAGCAUCCUUGAUGCCUUUGUUUGUCAGGAGUUUGAUAAGGAUGGCUCUGGGACAUUGGAACGUCGCGAGUGAGCACAGAUAGACAACAGGGGAGAUGCAUUUUGCGCGGCACUAUUUGUAAUGAAGGUUCGAGAAGCUCAUGGGCUGGUGUGGCCUCUUCCUGACGACACAGGUGAGGUGCCUAUAGAAUACUGUACAUAUCACAUCCACCAACCACCAACCACGUCGCCUUUUCCUUUUCACCCUUCAACUGACCCGUUCGCCUGCAUUGGUUUGGGUGUCUUCUAGGAGCUGUCGACACUCUUCAGAGUUGUGGCUGGCGAGACGGAGCCUUCAUGCAUCGCCACCGUGAGCAAGGGGGACCUAAAUCGCUUCUUUGAGCUCCUCCGUGGCUCCCUCCCUUCCGCCCGUGCCGAGAUGGUCGAGUUUGCCUGGAGCCAGCUGGAUAUUGAGGGCAAGGGAGCCGUCGACCUAGAGUUCCUGAUAUCGGCCUUCAAUCCGUUGAGACACCCACACGUCGAGGCCGGACGGCUGUCCCCUGACACUGCCAUACAGCGGCUCAGGGAUGCGUUCGCUGAACUGGGGUGGGGUCAAGGCAAGCAGAGAGGCUGACAUGAUCCCUGUGUCUGUCUGUGUCUCUUUCCACUAGGUGCACGGAUGUGGUGACAGAGGACCAUUUCGUCAAGUAUUUCGAGGAGCUUUCCGCCUGCACGCCUCCCGAAAAGGACCUGGUUUUCAGGAGAUUGAUGCUUGGCGGAUUCAGCCUGGAGACCGGCCCGUUUGACGUGUCGGAGGAGCGCGUUGGUGACAUUAUCCUGGGAAUGUACGAGAAGCUGCAGUGCCUGCAGCGUCAGAAGAGCCCCUCAGUCUACCAGGCCUGCCACAAGUGCUUCCAUUUGUUUGACAAGGACGAGUGUGGCGCGCUCGACUUCAACGAGUUCUCGGACUUCAUGAAGCAUAUUGGCGUGCUCGUUGCUCAGGUCACCAGGAGAGGGAGGACAAGUGAUGUCUCCGUGAUGUGUGCGUGUCUCGUGUUUCUCUAGCACGAGCUGGAAGCAGUUUUCGGUGAGUUCGCCGGCAGCCUGGACAGCAGAGUGGAGUUCCAACGCCUCUACGCCGUCCUACGGUCCACACAACCAAGAAAGGACCCCAUGCCGUAAUGCAUGACAUUUUCUUUCGUCGUGUCUCGCCCUUACAGUGAGAUCAAUGCAGGCCCCCACAGCGUUAUCGCGCCAGGUGUGUCGUCAUCCGGCAUCCCUCGCGGGACGCUUGUCGGCAGCCCCGGCGGGAACGGCCCUCCCAUGCCCGUCAACGCUAUCGAAAAAAUAAGGAGCCACCUACAUCUCAAGGCAAAAGAUGGUCAGCAAAUCGGUGCAUGGGUGCGGUGAUGAAUGAGGGCACUCAUGUACGCAGGCAUGUCUGAGUUGUCUAAGGCCGUUCGGGCCGCCGACAAGGAGAAGAAUGGUUACCUCUCACCUGACGAAUUCAAAUGGGUACACACCAUGCAUGCGCUGCAUGGUGAAACCACCUGUCUUUCUUCUCCUUAUCUCUGUCUGUUUCCUCUGUGUCUGUGUGCCGUCUUGUAGGUGUUGCGUGAAGUUGGUGUGGAGAUGGGCGGCGAGGACCUGCUCCGACUGAUGCGAACCUUCGACACAAACCGGGACGGCAAGGUGUCGACAGCCGAGUUUCUCAUCGCAGUCAAAAACGAUGUUCCGCCCAGACGAUUCCAGCUCAUCCAGGACGCGUGGAACAAGCUGGUAGCCAUCCAAACAUGAGCCCACACAGCAAAGAAGUGGCACCUCUGGCGUCUCUUUCUAUUCACAGGUGACGCUGUCUCUCGGCCGUCCGCUAGAAGAAGGCGAGGCGACUCCCACGUACGUGCCGGUUGAGCUGCUCGUCGGUGUCUAUGACCCCGCAGCCCACCCAAAAGUGUUGAAAGCCACAUGGACGAAGGUGAGAGCUCAGUCGAUAUGGUGAUGGGGUGUUAUGUUUGUGUGUUGGUUGCAGGAUGCCGCAAUUGAUAACUUCGUCGAUUUCCUUGGGGAGGAGGCGGCGCUGGGCCGGGUGCAGGAGGAGGCCUUCAUCGAGUACCUGGUGGAUCAAAGCACUGGCAUGAGCAUGGAAGCCUACUUUGCACGAUACAUGAAGGUGGCAUUCGGCAUGGACGAUGACUGCUGAAUGCUAGAAUGAAUAGACAUGACUUGAUAUGAAUCAAUUUCUUCAAGUGAUCUCAAACAAA